UAUUGUUGUCUUUGCAUCUUUUCUUGAGCCGAGGGUUUAUCAGAAACAGCCUAUCUACAUUCACAAGGUAGGGGUAAGGUAGGCGUACACUCUACCCUCCCCAGACCCCACCUGCUGGGAUUAUACUGGGUAUGUUGUUGUUGUUGUUAUUUUAUGAGCUCCUAGUGUAAUUUAUCCUUAUUCUAUACUGAUUGUUGUGGAAAAUAUCUGGGGUUCUUCCGCAGUUUUAUGUUAUCUUAGUUGACUUGAUGUAGAUUUUAUGUUAGUUUCCUUUUGUUAUUACCAGUUUUGAGAAGUUCAUGGCUUUAUUUCCAUGAACAGAACAAACUAUUUCCUUUGCUGUAAUUGGUUGUACUCUACUAUGAUAUCUCAUUUGGUUUCAAUUCCAUGAGAGUGUAGUAGGUUACAUAGGUCAUCUUCUUUAUAUUAUUAACUAUUUGUUGCUCUUUCCUUAGGUAGCUCUUAUUACUUAUUGCAGUAAGUCAGCAAGAAAAUAUGGAAGAGAAGAGUGAGAUCACGAAAGAUGUCACAGAACUUAUUGGAAACACCCCUAUGGUAUAUCUCAACAAAAUCAUGGAAGGUUGUUCUGCCCAAAUUGCAGCCAAAUUGGAGACAAUGGAGCCAUGCAAAAGGUUGCAUUCAGUAUGAUCAGAGAUGCAGAAGAGAGGGCCUGAUUACCCCAGGAAAGGUUGGUGAAGUUUGUGUGAGAAUAAAUAUCAGGAUGAAAAAGGAACACGUUGAAGAGAUAUUAUAUGAUUCCAAGCACAGUGACAGGAGCUGGACGGUUUCUCAAGGAGAAGAAUCCAGAAAUAAAGGUAUAUGGUAUAGAACCAGCCGAAAAUGCAUUUCUAAAUGGAGGACAACUAGGGCCGCAUAAAAUCCAAGGAAUUGGUGCUGGUUUUUCCCCAUCUGUUCUCGAUCUCAGCAUCCUGGAUGAAGUUCUAGCUCUGAAACAUAUCCAUCUGAUUUAUUCCAUUGACAGAUCAGAGUAAAUCCAUUAUGAUGUCCUCUCUUAUGUUUCUAAUUGAUUUUUUGGUUCACUGGGGUUACUUACUAUAUUUCCUGGUAUGAUAACAGCUUCUGCUUUUAUUU